UUCAAGCCUUCUAGAGAGAGAAAGCUAGAGAGAGAAAGCUUAGGAACUUCUUUGUUGACUGUGUUAUGUGACAUGUUGCCUGAUGAGAAUGAACUUCCUAAGUCGUACUAUUAUGCAAAGAAACUCAUGUGUCCAUUUGGUUUGGAGUAUAAGAAGAUACAUGCAUGUCCUAAUGACUGUGUUCUUUAUCGAAAUGAAUAUGAAGAGUUGGAGGAAUGUCCACGUUGUGGUAAGUCGCGUUACAAGCGAAAGAGCUGCAAUGCUGGUAUGAAGGGACCUCCUACCAAAGUGUUAUGGUAUCUUCCCAUCAUUCCAAGGUUCAAGCGUCUAUUUUCAAUACCAAAAGAUGCUAAGAACAUGAGAUGGCGUGCAGAGGGAAGAAAGAAAAACGGUUUGCUGAAGCAUCCAGCUGACUCUCCGGGUUGGAAGAACAUCGAUAUGAAGUUCAGGGCAUUUGGUGAUGAAGUCAGAAAUUUGAGGCUGGGGUUGUGCACCGAUGGUAUGAAUCCAUUUGGCACUCUGAGUACCCAACAUAGCACAUGGCCGGUACUUUUAGUGAUCUACAACUUGCUUCUGUGGUUGUGUACGAAACGAAAAUACGUAAUGCUGUCUCUUUUAAUAACGGGUCCAAGGCAACCUGGACACGACAUUGAUGUUUACCUUGAGCCCCUUGUUGAUGAUUUGAGAAAGAUGUGGGACGAAGGAGUUUCUGUUUAUGAUGCCCAUAAGAACGAGAUGUUCCUAAUGCGUGCAGCCCUGAUGUGGACCAUUAAUGAUUUUCUCGCAUAUGGCAACCUGUCCGGGUAUAAGAACAAAGGGUAUAAAGCAUGUCCUAUUUGUAUCGAUGACACACCAAACGUGUACCUUGAACACUACGGCAAAGAUGUGUACGUGAGGACCCGACGAUUGCUUAGGCGCGAUCACCCAUAUCAUAGGCAGAAAAAGGCCUUCAAUGGGAAAGUUGAAGAAGGGGUUGCGCCUAGGCCAUUAAGUGGACAUGAGGUGUAUGGUCAAGUGAAGGGUAUACCAACUGUUUUUGGUAAAACUUCGAAACCUUUAGACCCACAUGCCUUAUUUAAAAAGGAAUCGAUCUUUUGGAAGCUUGAGUACUGGAAAGAACAUGAUGUUAGACAUUGUCUCGAUGUGAUGCAUAUAGAGAAGAAUGUUUGUGAUGCAGUUGUUGGGACAAUAAUGGGUAUUCAUGGCAAGACAAAGGAUGAGAAGAGCGCCCGAUUAGAUUUGGAAGCGUGGGGUGUUCGUCCGGAAUUGUGGGUCCAGCCAAAGGAAGGGAAGGCAAAGGUAAUGGAAAAGGUAAGGGAAGAUGGUGGCAAUAAACGUAAGGGGGAGCGUAAAGGAAAGGGCAUCAGUGUAUCAAAGAAGAAAGAUGAAAAGAUGUAUUUACCUCCAGCUUGCUACACAUUGUCAAAGGAAGAAAAACGAAAGUUUUGUGCUUGUUUGUAUGACAUUAAGGUUGCCUCUGGUUUCUCGUCAAACAUGAAAAGAUUCGUUUCCUUGAAUAGGGAAUUGAAGUUGACUAGUAUGAAAUCUCAUGAUUGUCACAUGAUGAUGCAAGUAUUCCUACCGAUUGCCAUUCGUGGUAUUUUACCAAAGCACGUGAGAGAAGCUAUUACGAGCCUUUGUUUGUUUUUCAACACUAUAUGCAGCAAAGUGCUCGAUCCUUUUACACUUGAUGCUCUCCUGGCGAAUGUAGUUGUAACAUUGUGCAAAUUUGAGAUGUAUUUUCCACCAUCAUUUUUUGACAUAAUGGUGCAUUUGGUCCUUCAUUUGGUUCGUGAGAUCAAGAUGUGCGGUCCAGUCUUUAUGAGGUGGUGUUAUCCUUUUGAAAGACACAUGGGCACAUUACAACAUAAAGUCAGGAAUCCAUCCCAUCCAGAAGGUAGUAUGAUUCAAGGGAUUGUGGCGGAGGAGAUUGGUAAUUUCGUGGCGGAGUAUGUUGCCGUUGCCUAACCAAUUGGGCUUCCCACUUCCCGACAUGAAGGGGGACUUGAUGGUCAUGGCACACUUGGGUCGAAAUGGAUCUCACCUACUCAUGAUCAGUUCUUGCAAGCUCACUUAUUUGUGCUUCAUCAUGUUGCGGAGGUUCGCCCAUAUUUAGAAGAGCACAUGGAUAGUUUGCGUGCGGAAUUUCCAUCAAAAGGGGAAAGGGCACUAAUGCAGUUGCAUAAUAAGAGUUUGCCAGUGCGAAGGAUACAUCACCGGUUGACGCACAAUUAUCCUACUACGGACGAAUUCAGGAAAUAUGGGAACUAGAUUAUCGUGAGUUCAAGGUAGGUCUAUUUAAAUGUAAAUGAGUUGAUAAUAUUAGGCGCAACAUCAGACACGAUGACUUCACUCUUGUAGACCUUGGCCACUUGCGAGAUAGUUUGGAACCAUUCAUCCUUGCAUCUCAAGCUAAGCAAGUGUUCUAUGUAACCGACCCAGCCGAUCCUAAAUGGUCCAUAGUCCUUGCUAGCAAGAGAAGAAUCUUAGGGGUUGGAGAUGUCGAAGACGAGGACGAAUAUGAUGCGUUUGAUGAUUCGCCCCCUUUCACUGCCCCUAGAGUUGACGUAUCAAAUGAUGUAGACAAGGAUGCAAAUUAUAUUCGAGCAGACCAUAAUGAGGGAAUACUCGAAUGAGGUACAUUUGUUUUUGCAUCGUAAUGACAAUCUUCUUUUUUGCCAUUUUGUACAUAUUUUGCUACCUACGUUCUUGUAUUAGCAUAAAAUCAUUACCUUUAUCGCAUUUUCAACUAGUAAACAUGUUUUAUAUACCUAAUGUGAGUUGUUAGAAGGAUUAGAUGUGAACUAGGAAUGAAAUUAACGAAGUUGGGAAAGGUAGAAGCCCUUUUUUGCCAUUUUGUACAUAUUUUGUUCACUUCGUUGUUGUAUUAGCAUGGAAUCAUUUCAUUUAUCGCAUAUUCAGCUUUUAAACACUUAUUUGUAUACCUAAUGUGAGUUGUUAGAAGGAUUAGUUGUGUAAUAGGAAUGAAAAUAACGAAGUUGGGAAUGGUAGAAGCUCAUUUUUGCCAUUUUGUACAUAUUUUGUUCACUUCGUUCUUGUAUUAGCAUGAAAUCAUUUCAUUAAUCGCAUGUUCAGCUUGUAAGCAUUUAAGAAGCCCGGGGAACACAUGGUUCUAGAGUUUGACGAGUUGGGUCAACCUACUGGGCAAUGGCGCAGCAAAUAUUCCACACACAUUGGCAUCCUAACUCGUAAAAUACCGAUCACACUUGACUAGGCAGAGAUUCCAAAAGGGUUGCUUCAAAUGUUUUGGGAUGAUACAAUGGUAAGUGUUAAUUAUUUCAGUUUUGUUCAUAAAACUUCGAGUCAAAAUCAAUGCAUUCUCACCGGAAAAAACAAAAAUUCGUGCCUAAAAACCAAACUUCGAGCCUGCCUCGUUGUGGGUGCAGCAUGACAGGCAGGCAGGCUCUGGCAGGUCCCUGCCUGGCUUGCCUGGCUGGGCAAGUGCCUGCCUAGCUGGGCAGGUCCCUGCCUGGCUGGGCUGCCUGGCUCGGCAGGUGUCUGGCUGGUUGGGCUGCCUGCCUGGCUGCUGCCUGCCUAGCUAGGCUCUUGCUUGGCUGUGUAGCCUGCCCGGGCUGUUUUGCAAUGUGUUUUUUUUUUUUUUGACUAAUUCCUUUCUCCAUUUUUUCCUCAAUUUUUUUUCACUUGACUGACAUGGAAGUUUGCGAUUCUUACAUAGUGUGUUCAAUAUUCCCGAUGACCUAGACAAGAGGUGAUCGUUUGAAGGUUUUGUACAAGAGAGAUUCAAAAACUUCAAAAGUACGUUAAGAACAAGAUGGAUCCAUAAGAAACAAAGGCAUAAACCCAAGAAAACUUUGAUGGGUAAUGCAGGAGAGGAUGAAGUUGAGAAGAAACUGUGGGAUGUAUAUCCACAAAUAACGGUGAAGGACUGGGAGAAGUUCGUGGCGAAAUCAACAACUACUACUGCACUUGUAUGUAAUCUUAUAUAAAUUACAAUUGUUUUGAAAAAUUUGCUCACUUCAUAUAAUGAUGCGAACAAUUGCUAAUGUGUAGGAAAGAAGUCAACAAGCUAUGCGCAAUGCUGAGAAGAAAAUGUAUAACCAUCAUAUGGGUUGUAAGACAUUUGCGGAAAGUCGACAAAAGUGGAUCAAAGAGGGUUUGUACCCUACAUCCAAAAUAUCUUCACCUGAUACACCGAUUCCCUCCACGGUGACAUCUUUGGUGAGUCGUGCCAAUGACUGGUGGUGUGCUAUGCAUGGGAUCGACAAGAACACCGGGAAGUACGUCAUGCACCCGGAUACCAAAACAGUAGCAGAUGCACUUGUCAGCACCCUAAUCUAUGACAUUUAAUAUAAUAUUUCACCGUUAUUAAUAUUUAAUAUUUCGAUAACGACUACAUCUAACUUAGAAUGAACCAAAUUUUUUGUGUUGUUGCAGCUCGAGCAUACGUCAAAAGUGGUUGAAGGCAAGCUCACUCCAAGCAUUGAGAAUGAUCCUUUUACCUUGGCUUUGGGAAAACCAUACCACCCUGGGCGAGUAAUUGGAGCGGGCGGCAAACAACUUGGGUGGGAAAAGGUUAUGGGUUCAGAUUACACUAGAUCAGGAAGAUCUAGAUCAAGUGUUAAUUCGCCCUACCGAAUGGAUGCCAAGGAAAAAGAAUCAAUAAAGGUGGAGAUCCGCAAAGAGGUGCAAGAACAGCUGCAAAGUCAAUUCAAUACUAUUUUGAAGCAUAUGAACUUGCCAACCUUGUCUAUGCCCCUGGUAACCCCAGCUGACUCAUGUAGUCAACCCAAAGAUGCCAUGGACGAUCCACUUGUUCACAGUGAGGUAAUUGAAUUACAAUUGAGAUCAUGAACUCCAUAUCAUCAAACGAGGCCUUAGCAUGAUUGUUUUGAACUUUUGCAGAAUCCUAGUCCGACGCAUGCAAACUCAAGAGGGAUUGCAAACCAAAAAUCUGAUCCUUUUCCAAAUGUUCAGGUAAAUUUCAAUCACUUAUAUGUCCUUGUAUUAGCAUGACGUUGGUUAAUUAGGUUAUAACUUGUCCUAAUAAAAUGUGUAGGAAGAGACGCCAUGUGAGCUCCUUCACCCAGAGAAAAACAUGAAUGGUGAGUUGGUGGGGUAUGGUAGCGCACAACCGUUUAACAAGGUCCAUUUCAAGUCUACUACUAAUACCCACUACAUCUCCGUCGGCAUCAAUUCCAUAGUACCUGGGUUUGAGGACUUGCCCCUACCGGUGCCUAGAGAGGAAUAUGACUUCAUCACCCUACUUGAUGCGAAAGGUAGCUUUGUUCAAUGGCCACGUGAUCGAGUGAGACUGAUAGGAGGGGUAAGUGUUCACUACUUAGCUUGUUUAAAAAACAUGUCCCAUAUAGCUUGUAAUUUAACCAUUUGCUUUUAUGUUACAAAUGAAAUACAGUCAUCCAUAAUGAAGAAGGUGGAGAAGCCAAAAUAUAAGAAUGUCCAACAAGGACAAGGACAAGGGUUGACGAAGAGUUCGAGAGGUUCGGCCGCGAGUUGUACUCCACUAGUAGAAACUGACAUACUGAACUCGUUGUCCAAAGCAUGUACUUUUCUUCACAACCGUGUGAGCGAGUUGCCUAGGGGUAGAUCUAUUGAAGUGACUUUACCUAAGGCAAUGUUCCACUAUGAUGACGAUGGGAUCGCACCAAUUACAAAAGAGGAUGCGAAGGAAUUUCCAUCGGGUGUCAUGCUUAACAUUUCCAUCAUUCAAGCUUUCAUGAGGGCACUACAGGAGCACCUUGUUAGUGGAUGCAACUCCGAGGCUGCAAUUGGGUGGUUAUGCCCCGAGCAAACCUCCAUUACCAAAUGCUUAUGCAACCCUUGUGAAGUGGAAGAUUACCUAGAAAGGAGUAUGAAGGAAUCAACUCGUGGUGGAGAUAAGUUCAUAUUAGCCCCAUGUUUUGAGGAGUACGUCACAAAAUGUCAUAAUUUAGUUUUUUUCUUUUUUCCAAAUUCUGAAAUUGCAGUUAGCUGAGGCGUAUAAUAUGUUCACGUUUAUGUAAAUAUAUGCAGAAAUCAUUGGACCCUUUUGGUGAUUUGUGUAUCCAGUAACACAAUCUACCACUUUGAUUCUAUUCGAGAGACUCCACCACGGAGGUUGCUAGUGAAGAACCUACUGAAUAGGUACAUAUUGCUUCCCUUUGUUGAUUGCCCUAACCUAAAUCAUUGAGAAUUUAUGUUUCUAACUUAGAACUUAUUUUCCUAAAGUGUUAUGAAGAAGUUAAACUGUCGUUCCGUUGCGGGUCCUAAGUGGAAAUAUGCAAAGGUAAUGCCUUGAGUUAGUGAUUUGUUUAAUAUACUUGGCUUCGGUAAUGGCUACGCAUGAUAACAGUACCUUUGUGGCAUGUGAGUGUGCCCAACAAAACAACGAACUUGAUUGUGCCCUAUACGUGAUGAGGUUUAUGCUUUUACUGUAUUCAAUCUAUACCUUGCUUCCAUUAUUGCACCGAACAUAAAACAAGCGUAACACGCAGGCUGCCCAAGCAAAGCAAGGUAGGCACCUGCCCAGCCAAGCAGGCAGCCCUCCCAGGCAGGGACCUGCCAACCAGGCAGGCACCCCAGCCAGACAGGCACCCCAGACAGGCAUGGACCUGCCAGCCAGGCAGGCAGCCCAACCAGGUAGGGAACUGCGCAGCCAGGUACCUGCCAGCCAGUCAGCCCAGCCAGGCAACUCCUCCGACUACAUGCUCGUGCUUCCACUGCAUUUCGGUUGUUUUUGCAUCUUGUUGGUUAAUUUCUAUGAUUUUGGUGCUUUUCGGUGUUGGGGGUGCUACAUACUGAUGACAAUGUUUGAUUUUUAUUUUCAUCUUUAGUUUUGCAAGGUUGAAAGAGUAGGUCCGUUGUCAAGCAAGGAAAUCAAUGAAGUUCGCGACAUGUGGGCUUUUUUCGUCACGUUUGAUGGCAUCUAGGUAGAAUCGGUGUAAUGGUUAUAUUGGUUUGUUAGCUUGCAUUGACUUUAUUAAUUAGUUAUUAUAUAUCAACAAUUAUAUAUUUUAAUGAAUUGAAGUACGUAUUAGUAUGUUGUAUUUGUAAUCUUGUUACUAAC